AGGUCAGUAAGCGUACCAAGUUUUUUGGAGGCCUUCUGGUUGGCAAUAUGGGUCGACUUCAUGGGAAGAUAAUACUGCUGUCUGCAGCAGCACAGGGGAUUGGACGAGCAGCUGCUAUCGCUUUUGCAAAAGAAGGAGCCCAAGUCAUUGCUACAGACAUGGAUAAGUCUAAGCUGCAAGAACUGGAGAAAUAUCCAGAAAAAAGGAACUGUGUUUUUAUAGGAAUUCAAACAAAGGUUCUGGAUGUCACCAAGAAGGAACAGAUAGAAAAUGUGGCUAAGGAGAUGGAAAGGAUUGACGUCCUCUGUAACAUUGCAGGGUUUGUUCAUCAUGGAACCAUUCUGGAGUGUGAGGAACAAGACUGGGAUUUUACUAUGAGCCUCAAUGUUCGCAGCAUGUAUCUAAUGACGAAGACAUUUCUUCCCAAGAUGAUUAAGCAGAAAUCUGGAAAUAUUAUCAAUAUGUCUUCUGUGGCAUCCAGCAUUAAAGGAGUUGUGAACAGAUGCGUAUAUAGUACUUCUAAGGCAGCAGUUAUUGGUCUAACAAAGUCUGUGGCUGCCGACUUCAUUGAGCAAGGCAUCAGAUGCAACUGCGUAUGUCCGGGAACUGUUGACACACCAUCUCUACAAGAAAGAAUUAAAGCCAGGCCAAACCCAGAACAGGCACUGAAAGACUUUCUAGCCAGACAGAGGACUGGUAGAAUGGCUACUGCUGAAGAAGUGGCCCAUCUGUUUGUAUACUUGGCCUCUGAUGAAUCUGCCUAUGUGACUGGCAAUGAACUAAUCAUCGAUGGAGGAUGGAGCUUGUGACUGAGCCUAUCUGAAAAUGGAAAUUCAUACUGUGAAAGAC